AUGCCUACUGGCUGUAUUGUUUCAGAUGUGCAGCAGACAAUAGUAAUAACAGGAUACACAGGUGGUUCAGUUGUGCUGCCCUGCUUCUGUGCUGACCCUCAGUCUACAGUCACAGCAUUCACCUGGGAGUUUGAGCAGGGAAUUCAAUGGAUCCAAGUAUUUCAAGAUGAGAAAUACAGCGGCAGACGUGUGCUGUUUAAUGAACAUUCUCCAACAAAUCUGUAUCUUCUCAUUUCUGACCUCAGAAUGAAUGACCAGAGCUACUAUAGCAGUAUAACCGAAUCAAAUAGCCAGAAAAUAAUUUGUAUAAUGUUUUCAGGGUGUGAUUUGGUUGAGAACAGAAAGACAUUUGCAGUGACUGGAUAUUCAGGAGAGGCUGUGGUUCUGCCCUGUUCCUGCACUGAACUACUGGCUAAACCUGAACAGAUACAAUGGAUUUAUUUGACAAAGAAUAAUUUUAGAGACAUUUACCCAAAAGAGCAGAUUGAGAAUAACAAGAACAGAGUCAAACUGUUAAAUCCAAACACUCCAGGAAAUCUUUCUCUACACAUAUCAGCACUGACCACAGAGGACCGAGGGCACUAUCAGUGUGUCUCGUCUCAGCAAGAAGUCAGCUUCAGACUUACUGUACUUCACGCUGAAGGAGGCAGAAAUUAUAAAAAAGUGACCACUGAUAGUGGAGAACUAAAGAGAGAACAAGACAAUCAGGACGACGUGAUGUAUUCUGCUGUAGUCCAUGUUAAAACAGCAUCCACAGCAGCUCACACACACAGUGACCCAGUAGAGCUCACAGAGUACGCUCCUAUCAACGUUAAGCGCUAA